AUGGCACACGCACUCAUCCUCGGCGCCUCGGGCAUCUCAGGCUGGUCCCUCCUCAACCAGGCCCGGACCUACCCCACGCCCACGACUUUCGCCCGCAUCACCGGCACCACGAACCGCCCUCUGACCCUCGAGCAGGCGCGGCUGCCUGCGGACGACUCGCGACUGACUCUCGUUUCCGGGAUCGACUUCACGAGGGCUGUAGAUGAGGUCGCGGCGGCACUGAGAGACAAGGUUCCUGACGUGGAGACUGUUUCUCACGUCUUUUACACGGCGUACAUUGAUGCGGACGAUUCCAAGGGACAAGCGGCAGCCAACACGGAGUUACUCUCCGUCGCUAUCAGGGCCAUCGAAAAGGUGUCGCCGCGCCUCGCCUUCGUCGUCCUGCAGACGGGCGGAAAGGGGUACGGCCUCAUGUACCCGGACAAAGUCGCGCUGCGCACCCCGCUCCGCGAAGACAGCCCGCGGAUCCCGCGGCCGUGGGCCGACGAGGUGUUUUACUACGCGCAGCACGACCUGCUGCGCGACCUGUCGCGGGGGAAAAACUGGACGUUUUCCGAGAUUCGGCCGGACGUGAUUGUGGGGUUCGCGCCGACGUCGAACGCGAUGAAUAUGGCGAGGGGCAUUGGUAUUUAUUUGUCUGUUUGGCGGUAUGUUUUUGGUGCUGGGGCCGGGAGCCGGGGUCCUGGAGGCCGAGUGGAGGUACCGUUCCCGGGGUCCUUGCGGAGUUACCGCGCCACGCACACGGAUACAAACCAGGACGUGCUCUCCAAGAUGGAGAUUUUUGCGGCGGUGGUGAAUCCCGAGGGAUGCGGCGGGGGAAGAGCGUUUAACGUCGCGGACGGCGGGGCGGUGACUUCGUGGUCGCAGGUGUGGCCUCGGUUGUGCGAGCGCUUUGGUCUCGUCGGGGUGGCACCUCCUUCUCCUCCUCCUCCUCCUCCUCCUCCUCCUCCUCCGUUCUCCUCUGACGCCGAGGCCGACGGCUCGGGUAACACCGCGUCCGGAUCUACUACCCCGCCGCCGCCGCCGCCGCCGCCGUCGAUGAAGGACUUUAUCGCGAAACAUGACGACGCGUGGGUCGCGUUGGCGCAGGAGCACGGGCUGGAUGAGGGCGCUGCUAGGGAGUACAACUGGGAUUUCCUGCAUGUGAUGCUGGUGGAGUGCGACUUUGAUCGCGAGUACGAUCUCACGCGGGCGCGCGAGGUCGGGUUCGAGGAGGGGGUUGAUACGGUGGAGGGGUAUUUUGCUGCGUGGGAGCGGAUGAGCAGUGCGAAGCAGUUGCCGUCGUUUUGA